UAGUUGCGCUCCUUUGGUGAAAGGCAGUGUGUGUUCAUCAGUAAAGUUGUGAUACACAUGAGAGCAGUUUCAGCAAAUUAUUCAACAGGCUCUCCUGCUGUAAAAUCAAGAAUAGACCUAGACAGGAUCCAAACCAUAAUGGAGUCCAUGGGGUCAAAGUUAUCUCCUGGAGCUCAGCAAUUGAUUAAUAUGGUUAGGUUUCAGCAGCGGAAUUGUAUUCCUAUUGAAGAGCAGCUUCAGUUGGUGUUGGGCAAUGCUGGAUACAAGCAAAUGAUUGGACUACAAUGCUCAUCUGCCUUAGGAGUCUUAGACAAGUCAUCUUCCACACCUUUCCCUUUUAGAACUGGAUUGACAUCUGGAAACAUGACUGAAAACUUACAAGCGUACAUUGAUAAAAGUACACAGGCAUCUAGUGGAGAGAAUUCUACAAAGCUUGAUGAGUGUAAAAUUGUGCCACAAAACCAUUCCCUUCUUGAAAAUGAUCUUAAAAAUGCAACAUCCCCGUUCUUACCAAAGAAAGCAAAUGACAACUCAAAUAUACCUAACUCUGAGUUGCUGCCUUUUCUCCAGAAUUUAUGUAGUCAAGUUAACUAUCUCCUUGUGGGACGUAAGGCUGAGUGACAGGACAACAUCACCAAGCCUGAUGAAGGCAUUCUUGGUGUUGGGUAAGUAUUGUUUUAACACAGAUGUAGUUUUGAUUUGGUAGGUGGGAGAAUUAGAUGAAGAGAAAAAGAAGCAGAUUUGUCUCAAUGAGUACUGCCUAAAAUCUGUUUCAAUAGAAAAUUCUAGCAGCUUUUUUUUUUUACAGCUUACUAUUAAUAUACUUGUAGGUAAUAACUAUUCUACAGAGAAUGGAUUGUUUUGAAAGAAGUGCCUGUGCCUGUAACUGGAGGUGUUGCACACUUGUCAGGCAUUUUGUGAGUUACAAGCAUAGCUAAUGGUUGAAGUUGAUAGUGAUCCAUAUGCAUGGAGAGCAGCUGUGGGAACCAUAAUAUGUAUAUUUUUUUUCCUGAUUGUACCAAAUGAGCCAUCGUAACAGAUUUUCUUUGUAAAUCACAUUUGACCUAGGCUAAUUUUGAAGUCAUCAAAAAAUGUAUUAACAUUCUAAUUAUUUAUAGCAUAUAGGCCCUUAUACCCUGGUCUCAUAAUUCCAAGUUUGUGACAGUCCUGAUUUGAUUGAGGAAUGGCUGAGUAUUUAGUAUGUUCCCCAUUCUUUACAUAGAUAUAGCGUGCUGAAAUAUUGCACUAGGCUAGAAUUCAGGACUCAGUCAGAGACCUGCCUUAACUAUUUUGCCUUACUGGUUAAAUCUUUUGAUUUUUUUUUUUCAAUGUGUAAAGUUAGAUAGUUGUAUUGGUUGAGAUUUGUUUAAGGUUUCCAAUAGUGUUAAAAUUUUAGGAAUUUAAUUUAUUUAAAUAAAGGUGGUUCUUAGGAUAUAGAAAGAUAACAUUAGUGUUCAAUAAUUGGCGGUCUACAUCAAUGAUAAUUACUUGUUAUAUGAGAUGGCAUAGUCUUCAAUUGUUGAUAGUCUGUAUCAAUGAUAACUAGUUGUUAUGUGUAAUGGCAAAAAAAAAUCAAAAGACUAUACAGUAUACAGGGAUUCAAAAACUGCUUGGGACACUUCUGGGUCCAGCUGAGACAGAACAUUGCCAUUCCUCUCAGAUCCUCAUUUUACAAAUAAAAAUCCUUGGACAUAGCACAACGAAGAAACAUACAAGGACUGUGAAAGGUAGAAAGAAGUCAGACUGCUUAGGGACUGUGGGAUUUGAGGAGCAAUGCAACGUUGAGUUUUUUUGCCUUCCAUAUAUCUUGGAUGGGGUGCCAAAGAAGUCUGCAACCUGGGACAACCAGUGGGGACAAAAAUUAAGAGCUUCAAGAAAAGCCUAUUCCUUCUAACCAAAGGACCAGGAAAAGGGAGUCCUAACAAAACAAAACCUUUCAAUAAUACUUGUCUACUCCAGUCAAACACCAAUGGAAAUACUGCCCUCCUGCCUGCCCUGUUGAAUGAGGCAGUUGUACUCUGGUUUCUCUACUGGGGUGGUAUCAGCAAGCUAAAUGGUGAGCUGUUCUUCCAUCUCUCAGUCAGAAGAAGUGGGCAGCAUUCCAAUUCUGCUACUGGAUGGUAUCAACAGGGCCGAGUAGAAGCUAAACUUCCAGCCCCUGCUCAGCUGAAACAAGCAGUACUUCAGUUCUACCAGGGUGAUGUCACCACUGCCCCGCAAAAUCAGACGAUACUUUAAUUUUCUAGCUGGGGUGUUAUAAGGAGAGGAAGGGAGAGUUUGGAGCUGAAAAAAUAUCUGAAGAAAUAAUGGUUGAAGUUUCCCCAAAGCUGAAAUGGGGAAAGGCGUGAACUCACAGAUUCAAGAAGCUGAGUAAGUCCUACACAGGAUAAAUUCAAAUACGUCUAUGCCAAGUCAUAUCAUAAUUUUUUGAAAAUGAAAAAAUAAAAAAUAAAUUCUAAAAGAAAGCUGGAGAGAAACAACAUAUUCUCAUAGAGAAAUACCAAGUUUGUUGACAGCUGAUUUCUCAUCUGAAAUUAUGGUGGCCAAUAAGAAGAGGCACAUUUUUCAAGUGCUGUAAAAGAACUGUGAGUCACAAAUUGUAUAUUCAGCAAAAAUAUCCGUUAGGAACAAACAGCAAGUAAAGACAGUCUCAAAUAAAUGAAAACAGAUUAUUUUGCACUGGCAGGCCUACCCUUAAAGAAUGGAUAAAGCAAGUUAUCCAAGGAAAUGAUGACAAAAGAAUGCUUAGAACUUCAGAAAGGAAGAAAGAUCAAUGGAAUGGAUAAAAAUAGAGGUAAAUAUGACAGGCUAUCCUUCUCAUAAGUCUCUUAAAUCAUAUUUGAUGGUUGAAGUAAAAAUUGUAACACCAUAUGAUGUGGUACUUAAUAUAUGUAGAGGAAGUAUCUAAGAUAAUUAUAUUUUAAUAAUUACUAUAAAUAUAAAUGGCUAGAUUCACCAAUUAAAA